AUGAGCUCCGCAUUGCCUUACGACCCGCUGUCAGCCAGACCAAGUCCCAGCCGACGAGCUUUGGAAUGGGAGUGUGAUGAGCUAGCUGUGCGACGACUUUCCUCUCCAAGGGGUAUCAACCUGCUCACUCCUCCUCCUCUUCCUCGUCGACCUUCUGCCAUCCCUGGGUACCUGCUAUCUCCCUAUCAGGAGCAGGAGGAGCAGCUCCAGCAGCAGCAGCGUCUAUCCUUGUCCGUGUGCUCAGAGGCUUCCCUGGCGCCCCCUGCUCCUCCACCUGUGGGUGCUACCCCACCCUGCUGUCGCCCAGUUGGAGUCAUGCACCUACUGCGUCUGGGUCUACUGGCUUUCAGCUGCCUUUUCUGGGCAGCCGGCUUAGCUAUCUUUACCCUGGGCGUUUGGGCUCAGAUCUCCUUGGCGGACUACAUGAUGUUGUCUGCCAAUCGCUACCCUAAUGCCCCACUGAUCCUCCUGUCCACAGGUGCAGCUGUCACCGCCUGGGGCUUCCUGGGUUGUCUUGGGGUGGCUGCAAACCUGCCAUGUUUGUUGAGGGCUUAUGGGUUCUUCCAGCUUGCAGCUCUUGUAGCUGGUUUGGCAGCAGGACUCUCAGGUCUCUUCUACCGUGAAGACAUAGCAGGAGGAUUUCGUAGCGGCUUAUAUCGAGCGGUGGCAGGCUACACAGAGGAUGAAGGUCGUGCCGAUGCUCUAGACAGCCUGCAGAGGGCCUUGGAGUGUUGUGGAGCUGAUGGUUGGCGCGACUGGCUCACUUCAGACUGGGCUAUCCAACACAUGACCUUUCUUCCCACUGAAAACGGGACUUCAGUGUCUCUUCCAGACAGCUGCUGUGUAAGACGAAAAGGUUGCAGGAAUCGGCCUCUACUGUCAGAUGACAUUGAUGGAGUGGCUGCUGCAGGAAUCCAUCCCCACGGCUGCUUUCGAAAAGUCUUCAGCUUGGUCAACGACAACGUCUUCCACAUUGCUGCCACCGUGUUGGGGUUAGCCUUCACACAGAUCGGAGGCAUUGCCCUUGCUUGUCUAUUGGCCAACAAACUGGCACCCAGACAACAUGGACGUGUAGUGGCACAUUAACAAAAUCUGAACUUUUCUCCUAGCUUCUCAAGGGAUUAACAAUUCACUGACAAAAAGAAUCUAGAAUAAUUGAGGCCAUCUGAGUGUAAUAUAGCUGCAAAGAGGGGCUUAUACUGAUUUAAAGAAGAAAUACAUAACUUUGGCAGAUUUUCUCGGUGAGGUGCCUCCUCAGCAUCCAUUUGCAUGCUGUCUCUUCUCUGAGCUCCCUCCGGCCAGUAAAACUCAGUCU